AUGGCUCAAAUCAUGUUUAGAUGCGCUGGAGACAAAGAUCCAAUGGAAAUGUUGUUUGAAACCGAGUGUGGAGACAUAAUGGAUAGGGUGCAUUUUGAGGGUAUGCGUCCAAAUCAUAAGAUACAUCCUUUCGUUAUUGAUUGUUGGGCUGCUAUUCUUAAUUUUGAAGAAGAAAACUUGAGAAACAAAAAAGCACCACCACGUGUCUUCUUCAACACUCAAAUUAUGACAGAAAAAUUAUUGGAUUCUUCAAUACCUUUUGUUGAAAGAUUCCGACUUUUUGAUGAGGCUGUUAACAAUUACUUAUAUGACAUCAAAAGAAAAGCAGAUUUCAAUUCUAUUAAUCUGCAAAUGUACUUUUCAAAAUUUUUGGACAACAAUCAACGGGAUAAGGUUUCUUGGUUUAAAUCUGUGAAGCCAAAGAAAAUGAAAAUGGCAUGA